AGGUGUCGGCGAUAUUUCAGUUUCAAAUUCAACAUGAAGCAGUUCGCAUUGUUCAACAUCUUCCUACUGAUUCUGGUCCUGGGAUUGGCCCAGUUGCCCCAGCAGGUUUCGGCCGUGGGACAAAACGGACAACCCCAUGGACCUCCGCCAAAUUCGCAGAGUGGAAGUGGCAACCAGCAGGGUGGACAAGGACAAGGCGGACAAAAUGGUCAAAAUAACUAGCACCAGCACUAAAAUGUUUCUCGGGUGGACAGACCUUCUGGCCACUUUCCCGGUUACUUAAAUAAACACUUUCCUCAGCAAACCAAA